AUGACUUCCGACGCAAACGUUGCGAUUCCGCAUAUUGAAGCAGAUGCCAAUGAGGACACCGACUCUGCAUUCGAGGGCUCCCUGGGAAGUGCCAGUUAUGCCACGACCCUCGCCUCCAGUCCAAAUGAUGAGGAUGAACAGGAUCGCAUGGACUUGACCCACCACAUCUACAAACUGCUCUUAGGCGGAGAUAUAUAUAUUUCCCCGAUUAAGCCGAACCCACAACGAGUCCUUGACAUUGGAACAGGAACUGGAAUAUGGGCCAUUGACUUUGCAGACGCACACCCUGAAUCUCAGGUAGUAGGAAAUGACCUGAGCCCCAUCCAACCAUCAUGCCAACUCGCUUCAACCUGUAGGGUUCCCACAAACUGUGUCUUUGAAAUCGACGAUCUCGAGGCGGCAUGGCCAUACACCCGACCAUUCGACUUCAUACAUGCGCGCGAACUAGCCGGAUCGAUCGCCGACUUCGACAAACUUUUCGAACAGGCGUAUCAGAACCUGGUUCCGGGAGGGUACUUUGAGAUCCAGUCCAUCGAGCCGUGUUUCUAUAGCGAUGACGGUACGCUUGCGAAGGCAAAUCACGCGGUGGAUUGGGUGAGACUAGAAUUCGAGGCUAGUUCCAAGUUCGGGAAACCGUUGGAGAUCGUGCCGCUGCUUCCGGAGAAGUUGAAGAAGGCCGGCUUCCAGGAUGUUACGACCCAACUUAAGAAGCUCCCACUCGGCACCUGGCCCAAGGACAAGAAGCUGAAAGAAGUCGGGCGAUUCCAGCAGUUGCAGGUAUUGCAGGCGCUGGAACCGUACUCACUCUUCCUCUUCACGAAAAUUCUGGGAUGGACUGUCGAGGAGACCCAGGUGCUUCUAACCGGCGUACGCAAAGAUAUCAAAAGUCGAGAUAUACAUAUGUACAGCUGGGUACAUUUCACGCGAGCUCAGAAACCCGAAAAUCCCUCUGCCCCCUAGAGUGAAGGGAAGUCGGGGGCGAAAUUAUUCCGGUAAGCAGGAAGUACCAUCCAUCCAGUAAAUGGGGAUGAUUCGCCUCAUACAAUAAAUAAAGGGGAAAGGGAUGAGCGGGUUGUUGAUGAACUCCUUCCUUUUCGGUUUUGAAUGGAAUUUAUUGUCCAUGGUUGUUAUUUAUCAAUGCUGUCCUCGCUUUUGUUCUUUUAUCUUUCGUUUUCUUCUUUGGCAUUGCAUUGAUGAUCUCUGACGAACAUAUAGCGAUAUCAUUCCCCCUUCUUGCAGUUUUAAUUCGUAUAUUCAUUGCUGGCCCUUUUUUUUUCUUAUUUCUUCAUUUAACUUUUUCUCUUUUUUGCAUUGGUGUAUUCUCGGCAGAAAUCUCCCAGGAUACAAAUAAUAUAUUUAAUUUUACUCCAGCAUCAU